AUGGUCCGGCCACCCAGCUCGUACGACGAGAAACUCUCUGUCUGGGCCACCGACGCGGGGCGUCUGAAGUUCGAGCACCGGCAACGCAUCCUCCUGGCCGCGUGGGGCGUCGCCCCGACCCAGGACGCCGCCUGCGUGCAAGUCCCACAGAUGUGGGCCGCGGCAGAUCCGCUAUACCUACUAGACCAUUUUCGACUGCGAGACCUCCUACCGUCGGAGGCGGAGAGACUCCGAUUCGCGAUGGCCGGUCACAACGUACCCUUCGGCCGGGCCGCCGCCUGGUUUACGGAGCCGCGGCGCGGCGUCGACACCGACAACUUCUUCGGCUUCGGCCCCUACACGCCGAUGCACGGUUCCCACCGUUGCCACAAGCCGCACUACAUCGUCCCCCACGAUCUCAAGUACGAGUCGCAGUCCGCGAACUACUCGCGCAACGACUACUACCUGGCGGCGAUCGCCCUCCGCAAGUACGGACACCCCGUGCCCCGACACUGCGCGGACCCCGCGCACGUCCCCCCCUGCCUGAUGGCGCGGGCGGCGUUGACGGUCGAGGAGGCGUACUGCAUCUAA